CUUCAAAACGUCUGCCUACUAUUCAUAAACGUAUAUAUCCCCAGCUACACAGAUCCUUCUAUUCGAGCUUCUCAAAGCAAAAGUCACAUUAACUUUCGAGAUGCCGACCCCACUCGACCGUGCCACAGCCCAGCGUGGCCCAUUCUUUGCCUUCGCCGCCAUCGUCGCUGGUGUCGCAGCAUGGAGUAUCUGGGGGCAAGACAUUUUCCCUAGUUCCGACCCUACUGGUGAUCCUGAAACCUGGACCCACGACCAAUGUGUUACCUGGCUCAACCACAGGAAUUUACAUCCCUCACCACUCGCAACAACCGCUGAGCUUUUGGAGCGUAUCAAAUCAAACUUGAGAGUAGCCCGAGAAAGAACGACGGAGCAGUAAGACUGUCGCCAUCAAGCCGGGUAGCGUCAUGUACUUAGAUCACUCAAGGUGGUAGUUGAAAGGACCCAAUAAGCUUGGGCAGAUUGUUUUAGAGAAGUUAAGUGGCCUGAAAAGAGAUUGCAGCGGAAAGUUAGGGAAUUUGCUGACUGAUACCCUUUUGUACGUACAUAUAACCACGUGCCAGUUUGGUUGACCACUGUUUGUAAUUGGCAAUUACAGUCUGCACGCUACUCAAUUUGUAUAACCUAGC